AUGCUUCUCAACCACUUUCUCCUAGGCGCACUUCUUGCCCUGAACUCAGUCGCUGCACUUCCCAAUCCGGACGCUGACAUUCACGACGUCGAGGCCAGGGAUGACAAGCACGGAGGCCACCAAUUCCGUUGCCCUAAGGAUGCCUACCGGACUGGUAUCAGGAAGAGGCCGUGCGUCUGCAAGGACCCAAAGGAGAAGUAUGAUAGGGAUUCCAAUAAAUGCGUCUGCAAAGAGGGUUUUAAACGGAAGGGCUAUGAGUGUGUCUGCGAAGACAGGAAGAAGGAGUUCAGGGACGGCAAAUGCAGAUGCAGGGACGGCAUGUGGGAGGACAGAUGGGGCAAUUGCAGGUGCCCUAAGCAUAAACAUUGGGACGACAAUGAGCAGAAGUGCAAGCGUGGCCACGAUGACUGA